AUGGGUCUCACCUCCCUACAACUGAUCCCCACUCUGUUCUGCCUACUAGCAUGUUCCGGCAACGUUGUCCGCAGACGUCAGUGCAAUAUUACCUUACCAGAGAUCAUCACAACCUUGAACUUCCUCGAAAAGGACAAGUCUCCGUACACCAAGUUGACUAUAGCAGACGUCUUUGAUGUCCCCAAGAACACAUCUGAGAUGGAAACCCUCUGCAGGGCUGCGACUGCACUUCGGCAGUUCUAUAGUCACCAUGAGAAGGAAACCUGCAGGAAUGCAACUGUGCUUCAGCACGGGUUCUUGAUUAAAUACCUGAAAGGACUUGACAGGAACCUCUACAGCAUGACAGAUAUGAAAGACUGUGCUGUGAAUGAAGCCAAGAAGAGAACAUUGAGAAACUUCUUGGAAAGGUUAAAGAUGAACAUGCAAAAGAAAAUUUCAGAGUGGUGUUGA